AUGCAAGGAGGAAUCAAAGCAAUCUUCUUCUCCAAUGGUAGUCUUCUCAAGAAUGUUAUUCUUCGCCAUGUCCGUGUGGUUCCACCAGCCAUGACAAGGACUCAGAUUUUCGCACGCCACGUGUUAACCUCUACGGCCCGUAUCGAAGAGCACGGUUUCGAGAGCACCACAAUUUCGGAUGUUCUGAAAGCCAAAGGGAAGGGCGCAGAUGGGUCAUGGCUCUGGUGCACGACUGAUGACAGUGUGUAUGAAGCCGCGAAAUCGAUGACUCAACACAAUGUUGGUGCUCUUGUGGUGGUUAAACCAGGGGCGGAAAAGUUUAUUGCAGGAAUUAUCACUAAAAGAGAUACUUCACAUGCUAGAGGUCCGCGCAUGUCAAGCCAAAUGCGUACCUUGUCUUCUUGUGCGUGGGUCAUGGCGGAGUAUCCAAUGCGAGGUAGUCCGUGCGCGUCUUGCACAAGAGUCCGUGCCGACACCUUCCUCAUUGUCCGCGCCCCUUUCGUCCGCAAGUCCAAGCAACAUGUGAGGGUUGCGUGA